AUGUCUGGCAGUCAGUCUCUGAGCGCGCAGAGCAUCGCGGGCGACGCGUCCUCGUACGCAUCUGCGGUGCCGGAGGGUCACUCCGUUGAGCUCUCCGAGCCCUCGCAAGGCUCUCUCCGCGCUGAUGACACGUCCGCCCCUGGGACCUCUGAGUUUCUCGUGGAAGGAUCAGAGUCUGAGUCUGAGGAGGACGAAGACGAAGAGGUGUCCCAGCAAGCAGAUGCUUCCGAUGCAGACGCCUCUGCUCUACGUGACGAAGAACGCUCGUCCACGCUAGACGAUCCCCAGUUCGGUGCGUCAGAACAUAACAGCAACUCUCAGGACUUGGCAGCAAGUCCAGCCGCGCAGGACUCAGCAGAGACGAACGCACCCGAUCCAUUCUUCGAGGACGAUCCGGAGGAUCCUCCCGCUGCACCCGAGGCACCCCUCGAGCAGCCGGCACAAGAACGCCCACUAGCAGGACUGUCCGUCGACUACACUGCACAGUCACUCGCCGCCGCAGACGAAGUCACGCUCGCGCAGUCGCCUCCACCAUGGCCUGUCGCAGUACCCAACACCGCUGUCGACUUCAAUAAGGCCGUCCCACCACCGCCACGAGCGGACGCUGACGACGACGAAGACGAAGAAGACACGCCCGAACUAUACCUUCCCGGGCUCGUCCUCCCCGCAAUGUUCCUCCCCAUCCCCAACACAGACCCAUUGACUACGCUGCUGAUCAAAUUCAUCUCGCCUGAGAACCGCCCCCACCGCGACCUGAGCGGCAACUGGCAAGGCGCCGACUUCAACAUGCUCGUCAUGACGAACAGCUGGCGGGCAAUCGCGAAGAUGGCGCGCGACCGCCUCGUCGAGACAGACCCGGAAGACCUCGACCUGGUCCUCUCACUCUGGUACCUCCGCCUCUCGUGCCUCGCGCGCCUCCGGCUGUUCAACCAGACCGCGGCGGAGUGCACGAACCUGUACGCGGUGCUGAACGGCGUCGAGCCCGCGUCGGCGCGCGAUUGGUUGUUCGAGAAGAAGGUCCCGUUCGAGCUCGAGGUGCUCCACGCGCGGCUGAAGUACUGGACGGGCGACCAUAUGGGUUACCUGGACGCGCUCGCGGGUUUGCUCGGGGAGUGCAAGAUGCGGGCGCGCGCGGCGGACGCGAAGACCGACUUGAUGGGCGCGGGGAUGUGGCAGGAGCGCGGGGCACGCGUCUGCCUCAUCAUCGCGUCGCAGCUCAUUGAGAUGAAGGACUUCGCAGCUGCUGCGAAGCUGCUCGAGCCGCUGUGCAGGCAGCCUGGCGGGCUCACCUCGCCGCAACUCCAAUCCGCGGUCGGACGGAUAUAUGUGCAGGGCGGGGACGUCCGCACGGCGACGAAGCACUUCGCGGCGGUGUGGAACGACCCGACUGCCGAGCCGUCGCUGAAGCACAUGAACGCCGCCGUGCUCGCUGCUGCCGACGGGGACUGGCCGAAGGCUAUUGAGGAGCUCAGGAAGAUGCUGGAUGAGGACCCGGAGAAUUUCGUUGCGAUCAACAAUCUGUCGGUUGUUUUCCUCAGUCAAGGGAGGAUACAGGAGGGCAUCCGAGUAUUGGAGGAAGCUAUCAAACUCUCCCCGUCUACAACGCUCGCUGCGGAACCGCUGCUGUUCAACCUCUCGACGAUGUACGAGCUGCGCUCUGCGGCAGGAGCGGACAAGAAGCGGAACUUGCUCGUCGAAGUUGCGAAGUGGGCGGGAGACGGUCUGCGCACGACAUGCUUGAAGAUGCCGAGCAGCUAG